AUGGAAGACCCGGGGUACACUCACUGGAAGGCGGCUAAGAGAAUUCUGAGAUAUGUGAAGGGAACAAUCUCACAAGGACUUCAUUACUGGAAGGCGGACAAAUACAAACUAACGGGUUAUUCAGAUAAUGAUUGGUGCGGAGAUGUUGAUGAUAGGAAGAGCACGGCUGGCUAUGUGUUCUUCAUGGGAAACACGGCGUUUACUUGGGUAUCGAAGAAGGAACCUAUUGUGACCCUGUCUACAUGUGAAGCCGAGUAUGUUGCGGCAUCUUGGUGUGUUUGCCAUGCAAUAUGGCUGAGUAAUUUACUAAGCAAGCUGGAGCAAGAGCAAGUCGGCCCAACCGAGAUUCGAGUUGACAACAGAUCAGCGAUCGAGUUAGCAAAGAACCCAGUUAACCAUGAGAGAAGUAAGCAUAUUGAUGUCAGAAACAAUCCCAAACCCAUAAAGAGCUAUAUUCCCAAGCUCCAAACUGAUUUGUGCUUGCAUGCACUAAGAGGAUUAUGUGAUUCACCAACUGGACAUAAUGGAAGUAAAUAA